AUGGCGCCAGGCAGCAAGACGGACCGCUUCGCUCUCACUCAGACCAUGCGGGUGGAACAUCCGGAACUGGGGUGGGAACCGACGUACACUAUGCUCGCUCGAGGGGAGGGCAAGAAGUGGCGGAAGGAGCGAGGGGAGAUGUGGGCGCGGUACGGGGCGAUGGGAGAGGAGAAGAGGGAGUUCCGCGUGCGGGACUACGGGCGUGAGCGGAAGCUGCUUCCGCUCGUGACGCGAAAACUGGACAUUGCCGAGUCCAGCUCCGCCUUCAUGCCCGCUCUCCGGUCGGUCGCCUUCGCUCCCCACCUCCACUAUCCUGCUAUCGAUCCACGCAAAGGCUCCUCACUCGGCGUCCUCCUCUCCUACUUUCAGGCUGCUGGUGACGUACGACAAAUCUGCGUCCGCGGUCUCCGGGUCGCACGGUCCACCACCGAAAGCGCAAACCGCCCCAUCAUCGCGAAACUCGUUACCCCUCCCAUGACAACUUGGCACUUUCACGCGUCUGAAGUGCCGGGAGUCACGCUGCGGGCUGACGCUCACACGCGCUGGGUAUACGAUGGUCCGGCCGGGGCGGACUGGACCACCAUUCUCCACGCACUUUGCUACCGCAUCCACGUGCUGUCACGUCAGAUCGGUCGAGCGCCCAUAGGCACCUUCUCCCCAUUCCAGCUUAGCAUCUCUUGCUCCACCGGAAUCUACACCGCCCUCGCUCCGGACGUCGAGCAUACUAUGCCCCUCAUCCGCGAGGCCCUUGCAUCCAACGUGCCGAUAACGCCCUCGGCCGUCGCCAGAUCCGUCACUCUGGGGGAACAGGUGGAGAUGGCCAAGGUUUUGAGGACUAUACGCGGGCGGUCUUCCAACACGAUGGAGCACCGGCGGGUAGCUUGA